UUAAAAUCUUGAAAUUAGGGACGUCGAAUACAUAAUCAUUCUCUGUUUCAUAUAAUAUUAUUUACAUACAAAAGUGUCUAUAAGUCUAUUAAUACAAUAUAGCAAGAUUUAUUAAUGUACAACAUGAUACUUCAAACAUGGGAAUCCUUAGAUAAAAUUGUGAGAAAAGAAGUAGCAAAGUCAGGCCAUUUUUCUAAAAAGCCGACAGAAUGUUCCAAAUGCGAAAUUAGUAUUGGAACUGUAAAUGUUGUCAAUGCCUCAGUAGAAGACUUGAAGAAAGAGUUUAAAUCUGAAAUUUUAGAUGGCUCAAGUAGGAAAACAUUAAUUAUUGGUGAAGCUAAUUGUGAAAUAGAUCGCCAAAUUGAACGAGCAAUUCAAAUGAUGAAUGUCUUUGAAAUGAGUUUAAUUACUGUGCUUCCAUCAUUAUGUAAACCUAUAACUAUUACAGUUGAAACAAUAAUGAACAAGAUAGAACCAUACAAGCCAAUUUGGGAAUGGACACCUGAAGAGAAAUAUUCAAUAGCAUUAAAAUACAAAAAGAUGGGGGUUCAUUUAUUUAAAGAAUGUAGAUAUGUAGAUGCAUUUCAUAGAUUUAGUAAAGCUUGUAAAAUUCUUAUAACAUUAGAGCCAAUACAUGAUUUAGAAUUAGAUACAAAAUUAGAAAGUGAUAUUAAUAAUUUGCGACUUGUAUUAUACAACAACAUGGCUGGAUGUCAAUUAAAUUGUAAGAAUUAUGAACAUACUAUAUCAUUGUGCACAAAAGUUUUAAAUAAGGAAAAUAAUAAUGUUAAAGCAUUGUAUAGAAGAGGGGUAGCUCAUGGAAAUUUAAAUGAUGUAGAAAGGGCUGUUAAUGAUUUAAAAAUUGCUACUGCUUUAGAACCACAUAACUCUGCAAUAAAGGAACAAUUUUUAAUUUAUAAUAAGAAAUUACAAGAAGCAAAUCAAAAAUUUGAGUAUACAAUUAGAAGAAUGUUCAAAACCUAAUUUUUGAUUUGCAAUGAUACAUUUCUAUGAAGAAAUGAAAAAAAAACCGUUGCAUUUUGUAAAUAAAAAAAUAUGCAUUUACUUUUAUUCACAAGAAUUUACACUAUAAUUAGCUUAAAUUACUUAAAAAGUACAAUAAAGAAAAUUGUUGCAAAAUGCAACAAUAUUAUGUGGUUACAUUUGUCCGCAUUCGUAUUAUUACAAUAUUGUUAUAAAAGUGUAUUUGAAUCAUCACAAUCAAACGAUAAAAAUAUAACAUUACAUCAUUUACUAUAUGUUUUGAAUCCUUACUCACACUAUAUUAUAUUGCAAAUUGUAUUCAAGUUUUUAAAUAAAAUUUGAAAGUUA